AUUGAGUUAAGCGUGCUUCUCGUUCGAACAUCCAUGUCUCCUCAACUAUCCAUCUCAUCUCACAUCGAAGCCUGUACGAUUUGGGGGACCUUCGAAACCUCUCUCAAAACUAUAUCGAAAAGGGGAAAGAAAGAUGCUAUUAUCAAGAGUUUGAAUUCACGACAGGCAGUCCUUUUCUGCAAAGGUUGCGAGCCAGGACGAUUAAUACCACCAUCCGACAAGGUGCCCGGGGUUACUCCUAUCAGUCAGCUGUGAAAUUUGACUACGGUAUAUUUUAGGUGCUGCGACGCGGGUUGCUGCCGUUGC